AUGAGUGUCCUUUUCACAGGAGAUGGGAAUCCUCCUAACUAUCUCUGCAAGAGGAAGUAUAAGCUGAUGGCUGUCAUUGGUGGGCUCUCCUCUCACAAUUCCAAGCAGAUGCCUCACAUCUUGAACAUCUAUAAGAUGGCACAGCUCAGUUAUGGCUCCUUUGAUCCUGCACUGAAAGAUAAAAUUCAGUUCCCUACUGUCUACCGAAUGAUCCCAAAUGUAAGCAUUCAGUAUGUUGCAAUUGUCAAGCUGUUGAAGCAUUUUGGAUGGUCCUGGAUUGGUCUCUUAGUUACCGCUGAUGAUAGUGGAGAAAUAAUACUGAGGAAUCUGAUUCCUCAGCUAUUGCAAAGUAGCAUUUGUUUAGCUUUCAAGGAAAUUAUUCCAAUAGUGAAUGAGCACUGGAGAGAAGACAGUGAAGAUAUCCCUUAUGAAAUAUCUAGACUAUAUUUGUUUCUUUCAUCUACUGAUACAGAUGUGAUUCUUGUUCAUGGAGAUUCCGGAUCUAUGGAGGGCUUCCGGAUGAUUCUAUAUUUCUAUGAAUUUGGCAAAAUGAAGCCAACAGUUUGGAUCAUCACAGCUCAGUGGGACUUUACAUCAACCGUAAGCAAAAUUUUCCCCCUCAGAUCUCUCAAUGGCACUCUGUCCUUUGCCUUGCCCACAAAAGAGGUAGAAGGCUAUGUACACUAUCUUAAUAAAAUGAAUCCAAGGGAAAAUUAUGGUGCAGCUUUCAUUUGGCCCCAUGCCUUUCGAUGUUCACUCCCGCAAUAUGAUAUAUACAAAGACAAUGCAACCAACUGUACUGGGGAGGAGAAACUGAGCAGCCUACCUGAACCUGUCUUUGAAAUGAGGAUGUCUAGUCAGAGUUACAGCAUCUACAAUUCUGUUUAUGCCAUUGCACAUGCUCUUCAUGCCAUGUUUUCUUCAAGAUCAAAGCCCAAAGCAUGGGGACAUGGAGAAAGGUGGAACCCUCGAAAUAUCCACCCCUGGCAGCUUCAUUCAUUCUUGAAAAAAAUUCAUUUCAACAAUAGUGCAGGAGAGGAAAUAUUUUUUGAUGAGAAUGGGGAGUUGGUGACGGGAUACGAUAUCAUCAACACAGUCACCUUCCCAAAUCAUUCCUUGCAAAGAAUCCGUAUUGGAUGGAUUGACCCUUGGGCUCCUGAAAUGAAAAACUUCAUUAUCCAGCAAAACUCCAUUUUGUGGAACCCCAGUUUUAUUCAGUCACCUCCCAGAUCCAGAUGUGUUGAGAGUUGCCAUCCUGGACAGAGCAAGACCAUGCGUGAGGGGAAAGAGAUUUGUUGCUAUGAUUGUCUCCAGUGUUCUGAAAGAAUGAUUUCAAACCAGACAGAUGCAGAAAACUGCAACAUGUGCCCAGAUGAUCACCAUCCAAACAAGAAUCAAGAUCAAUGCAUUCCCAAAUAUAUAAUCUACAUGUCCUUUGAAGAACCCUUGGGAAUGGUUUUGGUUUCACUGGUCCUUUCCUUUUCCCUGAUGACCCUUGUGAUGAUGUGGAUCUUCUUUCAGCACAAGAAUACUCCCAUCAUUAAAGCCAAUAACUGGACUAUUACCUGUACCCUCCUCUUCUCUUUGCUUCUUUGCUUUGUCUGCUCUUUGCUCUUUAUUGGCAAGCCUGGGGUUGUGUCUUGCAUUCUACGACAAACGUUGUUUGCUGUUGUUUUCUCUAUUGCUAUUUCUUCAGUUUUGGCCAAAACCCUAACAGUAGUUCUAGCCUUUAUGGCCACUAAACCAGGAAACAGGAUGAGAAAAUGGGUAGGAAAACAUUUAGCGGUCUCAGUCAUUAUUCUUGCAUCUCUCGUUCAAACUGUCAUUUGUGUUGUAUGGCUGGCCAUCUCUCCCCCAUUUCCAGAAUGGGACAUGCAAUCUCAUGUGGAUCAGAUCAUAGUGCAAUGCAAUGAAGGCUCAGAUGCCAUGUUCUACAUUGCCCUGAGCUACAUGGGACUUCUGGCCUUUGUCAGUUUCACUGUUGCUUUCUUUGCCAGGAAGUUGCCUGAUACUUUUAAUGAAGCCAAGCUGAUCACCUUCAGCAUGCUGGUCUUCUGCAGUGUUUGGGUGUCCUUUGUCCCCACUUACCUGAGCACCAAAGGGAAAUACAUGGUGGCUGUGGAGAUCUUCUCCAUCUUGGCCUCUAGCUCUGGAUUGCUGGCUUUCAUUUUUCUCCCUAAGUUCUACAUUGUUUUAAUGAGACCUGAGCUGAAUACCAGAGAUCAGCUGGUGAGGAAAAAGAAUCCUAGAAUUUACUGA